AUGGCAGAAGACCUUGUCUCCGAUAUACCAGAAGUUCUCGCCACGAACAUCCUCGAAAGAGACGGUAAGCGACAAACAAUCUUGCAAACUGAAAUCAGCGUAAAAAGAAUGGACAGUGAUGGAUACAGGGGAGAUGACGAGGAUAAUGAUGACGAUGAUGAUGAUGCUGAACACCAGCAAGAUGAUCAAACCCUUUCAAGUCCAGAAGUGAGUGAAGACGAUCCCCCCAUCCAGCCCUAUGCUGUCAGGUACCAAAGAGAAGACGGUGUGGGAUGUACACCGUAUGCUGUAGCGUACAUGUGUCGGGAUAACUCUGACAGUUCCACAACAAGAACGUCCUCAAGCAGUUGUGAGGAUACCGACGUCAAUUCAGCCUCUUGUGGAAACUUCCGUGAUAGUAGACAUCCUCCAGUGGCGCUCGGGCGGACGCCCGUUCAAGUGUGCAGAUCUCGGUGGAUGCUCGCUGCAGUCAUCACUGUCGUCUUACUGACGUUUUUGAUCAUCAGUGGAAUCUUCGUCGGGUUAUAUUUUCACCCGAACCUACAGGAUACUAGUAAUCAAAAGGAAAUUGUACACAAAAUAAUGUACCCUCAUGACGUUGACGUUGAUAAAGAUAGACAUGCGUGGGUAGUGGGGAAAUCAACCGAUUCGAGUCUAAGCGACGUUUACGUGGUUCAGUACAGUCGCGAUGGCCAGCCAUUGAGUCAGAUUGACAUUCAGCGGCAUGCCGUGUCCCCAAAAAUCGCGAUUGACGAACGAAACAACAAAAUCAUCGUCUUAGCUUUAGACAAAAUCUCAAUAUAUCAACCCAACGGCUCGUUUGACAGAAGUUUCGGCAAGGACAAUGUCAAUAUGAAAUACGUCACAACAGGAAGGGAGGGAAACAUCUUUAUUACUGACUAUUUGUAUUCAAAAGUCUACGUGUAUAAUAACUCGGGAGAUUUGCUUUUCACCUUCCGUACAUUCGGCAGUCCAAAAGGCAUUUGUACGAACAGAAAGGGUCAAAUCUUCGUGGCAGACGCGGCCAACUCGCGGGUUGACAUGUACACAAGCCGCGGGGAGUUUAUCCGCACCGCGGUUAACAUUGCAAACCCAUGGGCUAUCGCCUUGGGACCUAAGGGGGAUUUGGUGGUAACGAAUGUAUACAUCUCUAAAGUGACAAUCUUCCCUCCACAAAUGCUGCUGCACGGAGCCUAGCACUGCAUUACACAAUAUGGCGAUUGCAACUAACAUCACAUGAAAAAUUACACCACGUACUCCAAAAGAUUUUAAUUACGUAAAAAUCAUACACUUUCGGAAAACUUUAACCUCAAACACUGAAGCUCCACUGCAAUACUCAAAACAGCCACUAGGAGGCUCAUUAUCAAACUUGACCUGCAUCUUUCUUGUCCCUACGUAACCACUAAAUAACAACCAUCUGCGUUUUCUUAAGGCUUUUGAGGCCCACGCCAACUUUCAUCUCGGAUAGCGCCCGAACGGCUUGCGCUAGAACCGUCAAAUUUAGUGACUUCCUAAAAAAAUAUUUGGCAACAAUUUCAUGUUAAUUAGAUAAGUUCCUGAUUUUUCAUGUUGCAAUGGCAACGGGUUUCUGACAGGCAUUUUUUUUAAAUCUGUAAUUUUGGCUCAAACAUAAAAUUUUUUCUAGGUUUUAUGUUUUAAUUAGGUUUAAAUUAAUUUUGUUACUACAUCAUUCUCUAAAGAUUUGGUGGCCCUACGAUAAAUGGUCGUUGAGUUACAGGGGGCGGCCUCAAAAGCACCCCCCCCCCUUUCGGUCUGAGCAUGCCCAAAAAAGCCCGGUCUUAAUAGGUUAAAAUCAGUCUUGUUGGGGUCAGUAUAUCAGCACACGAUGUUCUAUUGAAGUGAUCAUUUGUAAUCAUGUGUCAGAGGUUAACGUUGUUGAUCAUUAUAAAUUUAAUGCAAAUUAUUAUCUUUAAUCAAUGUGCACAUUUAUGUGUGUUAGCUGCAAACAUGUAACGGCACUAGUGCUGUUUGAAGAAAAUGUUGACAAUAUUAUUCUAUGAUAACACGCUCCGUAUCUCUGAUCUUAGUGGAUUAAAACAAUAGUAAUGGUUUAUCCGGUAUACAAUGUAACUGGCCGAAUUUUAGCCUUAUAAGAAAGUUAGUGGUGUACCGUACACCUGAGUAUUUUAUAACUAGACAGGCCAUUGAACGUGCUAUUGUAACAACUAAAGAUUAAUUCUUAGAACACGUGGUGGACGUUACGUAACAGAAUAUUGACAAAAAAUAUGGUGUGCCAAGAUAGUCGUCUACUCGUUGUUUGUUAGUCUGUGCAUAGUCUUAUCUUACAAUGAAAUAAGUAAGGAAUGGCUAUGAUUUCAGAAGUCCAUAAGAUAUCAGAAAUAUGUUUUAGAAGUAGCAGUUUAAGUGCUGUUUGAAAGUUACUGAAAGUUACUGUGGCAGAUAGUUACCGUAACAGAUGAAGUUACUGUCAUUCAGACUUUUCAUUAAGCCUUAUUUGAAAGUAAGUGGUGUGCGUAGUAUUGAAAGUGAGUAGUCAUCUACUCGU